GUUUGAUGUCCAACCCUCAUGUUUAUAUUUUGCCUGUGAACUCAGCUGUUUCUUUAUUACUAGCAUCGGCCACGAAAAGAGAGAGUAGAUAUUUCGGUCUGCUUAAGAUCAGCACCGCCAGGAUGCAGGGCUUCAGUAAGCACUUUAUUUCCUUUCGCAUUCCGUUCCGGACAAUCUUCGAUCUAGUUCCUAACUCAAUUAUCUAGAUAUGGGACGCUAUGUCCCCCCGGACCAAGAAGGUCUCACAACUGGCAACAAGCUUGCCAACAAGCACCCCCUAGGCGCCCGCGCCCGACACUUGAAUACCACUGGCGAACUUACAGUCCGUUUCGAAAUGCCCUUUGCCGUCUGGUGUUCCACAUGCAAACCCGCCGAUAGCGUUCUAAUCGGGCAGGGCGUGCGUUUCAACGCACUGAAAAAGCGCGUGGGGAACUACUACUCAACCCCAAUCUACAGCUUCCGCAUGAAGCAUACGGUUUGCGGUGGCUGGAUAGAGAUCCGCACUGACCCGAAAAACACCGCGUAUGUAGUCACAGAGGGUGGGCGAAGGAAGGAUACGGGUGAGUUGGACAAAGGUGGCUACGAGGAGGACGGAGAAAUUACGUUACGGAUACCCCAUGAUGUUGGCUCGGGUAACUCUACAGAGAAGGAUGCGUUUUCGAAACUCGAGGGGAAAGUGGCGGAUCAGAAACGAGUUAUGACGGAGAAGGCGCGCAUGGAGGAAUUGAUGAAACGGCAGGAGCGUGAUUGGGAGGAUCCGUAUGAACAGUCACGUAGACUGCGGAGGGUGUUUCGGGCAGAAAGGAAACGGAGGGAGGCUGCGCAAGGAGUUACGAAGGCGCUGCAGGAUAGGAUGAGUUUGGGGAUUGAGUUGUUGGAGGAGUCUGAGGGGGAUCGGUUGAGGGCAAAAAUGGUGGAUUUCGCCCCUGCAGGCGAUAAUGCCGCGGGUGGAGCGAUUGUUCGCCAUGCGAUUUCGAAGCCACUAUUUGAGACCAAGUCGCUUCCGGUCACCCCUCCGGAUAGAGGACGGGCAAAAAAGGAAAAGCGUCCAAAGAAACCAGACGCUAUUGCAGCAGAGCGGAAGGCGCUGUUACAGAAAGAGUUAAGUGGAAAUACGAAGGCGGCUAUUGACCCUUUUUUGCUGGAUGACAAUUCAGAUUGGACCCCUGGGGUUAAGCGGCGAAAGAUGCUCGAAUCUACCGCUGGGGUGUCCUCCGGGAAUAGACCGCAACAAGAACGGAAACACGACGGCUCCGAUGAUAAGGAUUGUCAUAAUAGCAAUAUUCCGAACAUGGUGAAUGUGAUUGGGCCACCGCAGUUAACGGCUACGGACGCAGAUGAGGAAGCCUCCAACCCCCGACGAGUAGCAUCGGCCACACCCCUGGUGGGAUAUGAGUGGUCAGAUGAUUCCGAAUAACUGGAAUAUGCUCGAUCCCUUUCUUUCCUCAUACUUUGGUAUAUGUCUUUUCUUAUUGCUUAUUUUCCUUCAACUCAUGUGAUACCCCGAGUAUUUUUGGCUUUGGCAAAUGUAUAUUUAGAUCAACGAAUCAUGAACUUCAUACGUAUCAAUUUAGGAAACGCCUUGGAUUAUUACCAAUCUACUUCACAUCGUUAUCGUACAUGAAACCAUUCAUCAGUCAUUUACUCAUAACUAAGCUCGUCAAUACUCCACAGAAUAUAAUAAAAGCGAAUCUCGUCGUACGACUCCGCAGACUUCUCGCAAGGACAUGCCAUACGGUUGCCAGGAUUGAACUUGCAGUACAGCUCAUUAUUGACCAGCAGCAGGUUCUUUCGCCCAAGGUGCCUUUGUUGGAAUGUUUGGGCCUGCCCCUCCUCCUGUUCCCGCCCAAGGAGCUCUAGUUGGUAGGUUUGGAUCAGGUGAUGAGAAUUUCCCAGCAGUGUCUCUAUCUCGAUUGCUGCUCCACGGCGCUGCGGUUGUAGCUGUUGGGGGGGCACGCGGGGGUCUAGCUCUAGGCUGCACCGGGGCGGAGGGUGCGGACAUGCCAGGGAUAGAAGUGACGCCCGUGUCAGCUGCGGGCUUCGCCCAAGGAGCCUUUGUUCCAUGGAGUUCUCCAACUGUGGGCUUAACGGAACCUGGAGAGGUCGUUUCGCCCGGCCUUUCUGGUCUGCUGGAGAGAUGAACGGACGGAGCUACUGCUACAGCCGUGGGGUCAUGUUCCCAGCGGAAAAGGGAACCGAAGGGAAAAUGUUGGACGACGGGGAAUUUGGAGAGG